CCCUCCCCUUCAUGGUCUUCUGAGUCCAAGCAGCCCUCCUCCACCUUUCCCCUCCUCCUCAGCCUUUCCGUUACACCUCGCCGUCCCAAGGAUACCGCUUGUUAUCUCGCGACCCUUGCCGGCUUCUCACUACCCGCCCAACCCCAUCCUCCCCGACAUACCCUUCGUUCAGUAGUACGCUUGAGCCCGGCUCGCUGCUCUGAAUAACUGCUUGAAACUCGAGUCCACCGCCGACCACUCCCAUCUACUUGCAAUACCGCUGUUUUUCCGUCCAUUGGGCAUCCGCUUGACGCUUCUAUAGCAUCGCGUACCCUCUCCGGUCUCUCCGCUUCCCGCAACCCGCACGCUCCGAAUUAGCCUUCACACAAGCCCUCUUCCUUACAGCCUCAACUCUCGAGUCUCUUCUGCCUUUUUUUCCUUGUUUCAACUCCGUCUUUGCUGUAUCCACGCUACUCUUCCUUUGUACCUAGACCCAUUCCACAUCACCACUGUCCUUGAUGGCCAUGACUAUUGCUUCCCCUAUGGCCCCCGUCUCUGUCGGCAACUCGCCCGCCUCUGACGAGAGCUCUGUUCCCCCUCGUACCCCCGUCUCCCCCACUGACCCUCAGGCAAUGUCCCUUCCCGAUCAGGCUAGCAACGCCCAGGCACAGCCUUCCUCCCCCACUUCUGGCGCUGCCAACGGCGCCGCCGGUGUCAAGAGGAAGCCCAGCCGCCGCGCCAACACCGCCGAGCGCCGCGCUACCCACAACGCCGUCGAGAGGCAGCGUCGCGAGACCCUCAACGGCCGGUUCUUGGAUUUGGCCGCGCUCCUGCCGAAUCUGUCUCAGAUCCGCCGCCCGUCGAAGUCGGCGAUCGUCAACUCGUCGAUUGCUCAUAUUCAUGCCUCACGCCGUCACCGCAUUCUCGCUUCGCGGGAGCUCCGCCUUAUCAAGCUCGAGUCUGAUGCGCUUCGCCGCGAACUCAACGAGUGGCGUGACCGCGCCGGUCUCCCCCGCGUUGAAGAGCCCGUUCGCGGCGAAGGCUUUGCCAUGGUUCUCAGUGGCGAAGUCGAGAUCCUGGCUGCCGUGACUGGUGACGACGACGAAGACGGUAUGGACGGCUACGAUGGCUAUGGUGACGAGGGUGACGACUACGGCGCUCCCGUCCCUGUCAGCGCCAUGGACGAUACCGAGGACGUCGUGACUGCGAAAGCCGCCGCCAUGCUCAAGAACACCAACGUUUUUGCGCAAACUGCCAACAGCAGCGGCUCUUCGACCCCCGCCGAGAUGAACAUGGCCCAGAUGAUGUCCCGUGGCCACUCUCAGCCCAUGAUCGCCCAGGUUUCCCCCUCGGUCUCUUACGAGAACCCGGCGAUGACGAACAUGUACGAACCUCACAUGACCCCCCACUUCCCCGGCGGGCCCUUCAUUUCGCAGCAGCAACAUAUGGUUCACGGCGAUCACGACAAGGUUGCACCCUGGAACGCUCACAUGUACAACGGCUUUUCCCAACAGCAACUACACCAGAUGCAGGCUCAGCGCCAGUUGAUCACUCCCCCCGGCAGCGCGCACGGCAUGCCCAUCUCUCAGUCUCCCCCGGUGAAUGGGCCCUCGUUCGACCAGGCUUUGCUCGCGGAUCUCAAGCGGCAGCAGCUCUUGGCGCUGCAGCAGCAGCAGCAGCAGCAGCAACAACAACAACAGCAGCACGGGAGCCUCCAGUACCCCGGCGAGGGCGACGACUCGUCCUCCGUCGGCUCCGGCCCCACGGGACGGGAGCGUAGCGGGAGCAUGAGCACGGGCUAUGGCUCGCCCCCGAACGGGUCUUCUCCCCGGGCUUACGACAUGCACGCGGCGCACCAACACGCGCGCACGCACUCUGAGUACGCCGUCCCUAAAAGGAUGGGCGCUAGUGGUCUGCACAUCAACACUGGCGGCUAUGACGGAAUGAUGCGGCAGCAGGGCAUUCCGACUCCCAUGAGCGUCGGCGGCAACGGAGGAUAUCCCAUGACGAUGUGAGCGCCCUAGCUCCCUUAGAUGGGGACUCGCGUCGAUCGUGUGUUACUUUCCCUAUCCUCCGCUCUCGUUUCCAUCGCUCAUCCGAUCGCCCUCGUUUUGCCUCUGUCGCUUUGCAUUAUCUCUCAUCUUGUCUCGACCCCAUCUCCUCUUAAUAUGUAUUCUCACAUACCUGGCGUACUCAUUUCAAGCUUCCUAUUCCCUACCCUCGCUCCUCUCGCUGCACGCGAGCGGAUGUUUCUCGGUCGGACUCGUCGCUUGCUUGCUCGUUUGUUUGUUAUAAUUCCCCCAUCCCCCACCCUGAUUAUACCGAACACUGCGCGAUGUCGCGCGGUGCCACCCACGCUCGUUUAUCCGACGCUCGUCGUCGACACCUGACAUAUCUAUUAUCGCCAUCUCGUAUACUUGCUCGUGUUUAUGACGACCUCCUGUAAACCGCUGUACCAUCCCACAUAACCAAACAUCAUCAUCAUCAUCACGAACCCAAAAAGCGCGCUUGAUUCAUCCCGUAUCCCUUCCUUAUUACGCAUUGAAUGGUCAUCGUACCGCAGGUCUGUGUUGCGUGUCGCUCAUUUAGCCCAACCUACCCACCCUCUUUUGGUUCUUUGCUCCGCUUGUUAGUCUAGUUUAUUGUUCCCAGCUCUGUCACCCCCGCCUCGCCCCGCGCUUCGGCUUGCCUCGUGUUGGGUACGUGAAAAUUGGCCUUUUGAUCGCUUGUUUGCUUCAGGUGUUUUGAUUCGCCACCUUUUCUCCAGCGGGAAGGGUCGUUGCGCCUUGUUCAUUCACUUUACUUCUUCCUUGACAUUCUUUAACCUUCUUUUGCCUUCUCGCCGGUCGUUUUAGUACCUUGUCUUUUAUUUACAUAUGCGGGCGCGGUCCAUUGGCUGGACUCGUCGUUCGUAGGAUGAACUCUCUGCCGUUGUCAUUGGGCUUUAUUCCUUUACUGCUUAUCGUUUUAGGGAUGUCUUGUAGUAGCGCGCCGCUAUAGCUAUUAGUUGCUGCGUGUAGACGUGCUCGAAGCCACAUUGUAUCGUUGUAGCUCCCCCUUCCCCUCCUCCCCCCGCAAUCGUAUACAUACCGUAUGUACUUUGUUGUUAUUCCUUUCGCCUGCCAGGAA